UUUGUGAUCUGUACCGGCGAGAAAGGCGUAGGGGAGUCCGGCAUGCCGCUCCACUACAAAGGAACCAUCAUCCACGGCAUAAUCCCAGAUCAUAUUUGGUUCGGUGGGGACAUCACUCACGGUAACGGACUUGGAGGCGAGUCCAUCUACGGCCAGCAGUUCCCCAAGGAGGACUGCAUCAGGAAGCACGACGGUCCAGGCAUCCUCUCUACGGGCACCAACGGAUCUCAGUUCAUGCUCCACAUGAAGGUGUCCCCGGACUACGACGACGGCGAGCACAUCGCGUUUGGACGGGUUUUGGACGGACUUGAUGUGAUGGCUCGCGUUGGGAAAAUGGUCGGGAAUGAGUUUGUGUACCCUUCCACACAGAGUGGAUAUGUUAGAGGCAAUGUACUGGCCUCGCUGGUCAUGGCACGUCGUACCCUCGGUGACACAUGA